GCCUGGCCCGGAGGAGUCGUGGGAGCUGCUUCUGCUGCCGGUGUUUGGCGGGUCGCUAUAAGCUGGGCCUGCCGGGCGGGGUGUGUCGUGAUGCCGGAGCUGGCCGUGCAGAAGGUGGUGGUCCACCCCCUGGUGCUGCUCAGUGUGGUGGAUCACUUCAACCGAAUAGGCAAAGUUGGAAACCAGAAGCGUGUUGUUGGUGUACUCUUAGGGUCAUGGCAAAAGAAAGUACUUGAUGUAUCCAACAGUUUUGCAGUCCCUUUUGAUGAAGAUGACAAAGAUGAUUCUGUCUGGUUUUUAGACCAUGACUAUUUGGAAAAUAUGUAUGGAAUGUUUAAGAAGGUCAAUGCCAGAGAAAGAAUAGUUGGGUGGUACCACACAGGCCCUAAACUACACAAAAAUGACAUCGCCAUCAAUGAACUCAUGAAAAGAUACUGCCCUAACUCAGUAUUGGUCAUUAUUGAUGUGAAGCCAAAGGACCUCGGGCUGCCCACAGAAGCUUAUAUUUCAGUGGAAGAAGUUCAUGAUGAUGGAACUCCAACCUCAAAAACAUUUGAGCAUGUAACCAGUGAAAUUGGAGCAGAGGAAGCUGAAGAAGUUGGAGUUGAACACUUGUUACGAGACAUCAAAGACACUACAGUGGGUACUCUUUCCCAGCGUAUCACAAACCAGGUCCAUGGUUUGAAGGGACUGAACUCCAAGCUUCUGGAUAUCAGGAGCUACCUGGAGAAAGUGGCCACGGGCAAACUGCCCAUCAACCACCAGAUCAUCUACCAGCUGCAGGACGUCUUCAACCUGCUGCCAGAUGUCAGCCUGCAGGAAUUUGUCAAGGCGUUUUACCUGAAGACCAAUGACCAGAUGGUGGUGGUGUACUUGGCCUCACUGAUCCGUUCUGUGGUCGCCCUGCACAACCUAAUCAACAAUAAGAUUGCCAACAGGGAUGCAGAGAAGAAAGAAGGGCAGGAAAAAGAAGAGAGCAAAAAGGAUAGAAAAGAUGACAAAGAGAAAGAUAAAGAUAAGGAAAAGAGUGAUGUAAAGAAAGAAGAGAAAAAGGAGAAAAAAUGAAACUUGUAGCUUUUUUAAUUUGUAAAUUAAAAUCUUAUAAACUAAAAUCAGUGUGCCACUAGAGGGUUCUUUUUCACAUUCAGUACUUGUUAAAAAGCUGUAUUGAUAAGAGCUCUCUGCCUCAGGUCACUCUUACUGUGGCAUUAUGUGGAAACGAAUGGAUAGAGGGAUUGAUCUCAUACCUAAACAGCUCAAGCUGGUAUGAGUUGGGCAUGUGAUAGAACAAGCUUCAGAUUCUGUGAGAAAAAUGAAGAAGAGGUAAACCUAAAAUUUUUGGUGCUCUUCAUUUUUUUACCUAUAAAACCAGGAGUUGAAUUUUCCCCUUUCAAAAGACUCUUGGGGUCUGUGGCAAUCUGCAAAAUUGCUAAAUGGCAUGCAUGAAUUCCAUAUGUGCUCUGCCUCAUAUAAACGCCUUGAGUUCUGACCCUUCUGAACUCGGCAGUGAGAACACUGCACCACGGGAUUUCGGGGACCCAUAGCUCUGGCAUUCUCAGGGCUUGGGAUCCAGCUCCAUAUAUUGUUUACCUUUGAAGACACAAUUAAAUGGCUUGGUUUUUAA